GACCUUGACCGUGGAAUUGACUUAUGGCGGCAAGCAUGUGCUUAUACAAGCAGUUAGCCAGUAUGCAUAGUUUAUUGAUAUUUUGCAGAUGACUUUGUUUAGAGUUGGUUUAAAAACUUGCCAACUACUUGCACGUCAUAAUUUAAAAGGUUUCAAAUCUUUUAACAUGGAAUCGCCGUAUUUUAAUCAACGUACAACUAGAUCCUGUUUUACUGUGAAAGUGAAAGUAGAAACUGAUGCUCAGCAGCUGCAAGAGUCGUCCAACACAACAAAAAAUAAUGCCCCGCUGAGGAAAAGGAAAAUAAAGGAAAAGGUGGAAAUAAAGUACGAAGAGUCUGAGACAGUCGACAUUGUGAAGAAAGAAAUUUGUAACUGGGAACCCCCAAUGUGGAGGGAGCAGCUGAAAAAUAUUUACGAGAUGAGGAAAAACAGGGAUGCUCCUGUAGAUUCCAUGGGUUGUGAUGUUAUAAGCGACGCUCUUGCAUCUCCGGAGGUGUACAGAUACCAAGUCCUAGUUUCACUCAUGCUCUCAAGUCAAACGAAGGACCAGAUAACAUCAGCGGCCAUGAAGAAGUUGAGGGAGCAUGGAUGCAGCAUUGACAGCAUACUGCAGACUUCAGAUGAAGUUUUAGGACAGCUGAUUUAUCCUGUUGGUUUCUGGAGGAGAAAAGUGGAGUAUAUAAAGAAAACAAGCAAAAUUCUACAGGAUGAAUACAAUGGAGAUAUUCCACAGUCCGUGGAGAAGUUAUGUAAGCUGCCAGGAGUUGGACCCAAGAUGGCCUAUCUGGUGAUGAAGUGUGCCUGGAAUCAGGUUCAGGGUAUUGGAGUGGACACGCAUGUUCACAGGAUUUCCAAUCGGCUUGGCUGGGUCAAAAAGCCGACCAAACAGCCAGAGGAUACAAGGAAAGCACUGGAGGACUGGUUACCAAGGGAAAACUGGAGUGAAAUCAAUCAUUUACUGGUUGGAUUUGGUCAACAGACUUGUCUACCAGUAGGACCAAAGUGCUACCAAUGCCUGAAUAAACCCAUCUGUCCCUUUGGCAAAACAAAUAAUAAGACACCUUCCCCAAAGAAAAUCAAGAAGGAAGAGAGAAAAGUGGAGUAUAUAAAGAAAACAAGCAAAAUUCUACAGGAUGAAUACAAUGGAGAUAUUCCACAGUCCGUGGAGAAGUUAUGUAAGCUGCCAGGAGUUGGACCCAAGAUGGCCUAUCUGGUGAUGAAGUGUGCCUGGAAUCAGGUUCAGGGUAUUGGAGUGGACACGCAUGUUCACAGGAUUUCCAAUCGGCUUGGCUGGGUCAAAAAGCCGACCAAACAGCCAGAGGAUACAAGGAGAGCACUGGAGGACUGGUUACCAAGAGAAAACUGGAGUGAAAUCAACCAUCUGCUGGUUGGUUUUGGACAACAGACAUGUUUACCAGUAGGACCAAAGUGCUACCAAUGCCUGAAUAAACCCAUCUGUCCCUUUGGCAAAACUUUGACACCUUCCCCAAAGAAAAUCAAGAAGGAGGAAAUCAAAGAAGAAAAUGAUUGA